AUGGACGGUGAGGGCAAGCUCUGUUUCAAGGAUGCGGAGGAGUUUCGCGAAAUCCUCAACAUAACUUCGAGCUCGAAGAAGCCGCCAAAGGGCUCUUCCGGAAAGCCAGUCCGCCGCGACAUGUUCAAGAAGGUAUAUCCCAUUAGAAGGGCUGGUGCCACAACAGUCAAACGGAGUUGGCGAGAGAGGCAGAUGUAUCAAGCAUUCAUUAACGUGGUGAAAGACAACGAGCUCUGUCCGGGAUACAAGUUCACAUCGCUCGCGGACAAGGGCGACAAGGAUGAUCCGACGAAGCAAAGAGUUGACGUGGUGAUGUUCAAGGAGGUGGCCCCGACAAAUAGCGCAACACACUGGGGCGAUCAAGCGCUGUGGAUCGAAUUCAAGAGAGAUGGCGCCGCAGAUCCAUUCAAAGGCGACAGGCUGGCGGCCAAGAAGUUGAGACGUGCGGAUACAUGGGCACAGCUCAUCACGUUCGCGGCUAGAGUCUUCGAGACCCAACACCGGACCCAUCUCUAUUCCAUCCUCGUUUGCGGUCGCACCGCCUACAUCAUGCGCUGGGACCGAUCGGGUGUGCUGGUGACGAAGGGCUUCGACUACAUCGCGAAUGAUGAGCUGCUGGCCGAUUUCCUCCGCUCAUUCGCGCGCAUGACUCCUACACAACAAGGCUACGACACCACCGCUGAGCCAGUCGAGCUUGGCUCCGAGGACUACGUACGGAUGGAUAAUGCGGUGAACGAAUGCAAGAACACGUUCGACUGUGCGAAGGACUACUUCAGGGCGUCGUUGGCUGACGGUGCUCCGCGGUGGCGGGUGAGGGUUGAAGGAUAUGCGGAGCCUUUCCUGAUUGGCAACCCUCAUUUCAGAUCAUGGGGAGUGUUUGGCCGUGGCACGAAGGUAUUCGUCGCCUACGAGGCUAUGAAGGACAAGUUCUUCUGGCUUAAGGAUGUGUGGCGCAUCGACCUGGACAGCAUGGAGAAGGAAGGGAAGAUCAUCACAGAGCUGCACGAGGUGGGUGAGGAGGAUAUCAUCCCGACGGUGAUCUGCCAGGGGGAUGUCUCGCAUGAGAUCAACGACGAGCGUGUUGCACAGUCGACGCUCGCACAAAAGUACUUCAAGAAAGCCCACGAGGAGGCACGCAAGGAGCGGAAGGCAAAGACAGUUGAAACGAAGAGACGGCAAGGGCGGGCAGCCGCAGGAAACAAGCUUUCUAAUCGCAGCUCGAAGCGGGCCCACAGUGUCGCGAAACAGAGCAAGGGGCGGAACCAGGCAAACGAAGCAAGCUCGACGGAUGGAGUAACGAAUACCAUCGAUGGGCCCGCGCGAAGCGACGAGCAAGAACACGUUGUUGGACAGCCCAGCAUCAAUGAUGGUGAGGAGAACAGAGCGGGCACGUCACGCUUUGCUCGCACCUCGCUGGAACAGCAACACACGCGCUCGAGUUCGCCGCAUGCAGACGAAGCCAUAAAUGACGAGAAUUCGACAGUGAAGGAAGCGGCUCAGUCGCCGACGACAGAACAGGAGACAGCUCAGCCUUUCAUGUCCAAAGGUGGCGUCGUCCAGCGUUCGAGCCCUGCAAAGGGAUUGAUUCAGCCUUCCGCGACAGAGCACUCAUCGGCGCUUGAGGGCGGAGGCGUCGCUAGCCAGAACCUUAGCAACGUCGCAAGUUCCUCAUGUCAAGAGCAAGCAUCCGCUGAAGACGAGGAUACCGAUGCCACUCCGCUUGGCUCUAAGCCAUCAAUAAUGAAGUAUACACACUACCGGCUUGUCGAAAAAGAAGUCGGCAAGCAUCUCGAAGAGUUUCGCGACGGUCUUCACCUACUCUCCGCUGUAGGUGAUGCCCUCAUAGCAUAUUCGCAGGCGGUGACGAAAGCGAGGCGUGUUCCUCUGGAUGUCAGCCCCAACAAUAUUGUCGCCGUAUUCCUCAAGACAACCCGUGGUGGUAAGAUCCAUGUCGUUGUGCGUGGUCUUCUCUUCGAUUGGGAGUUCUCAAAACUGUUGGAGGAUGACCCAGCAUUAAAAAAGCGACGACAGAUCGAUCGUACCGGUACAUGGCAGUUCCAAUCCGCCAUGGUUCUCCUGCCGCCAGCCAAGUCCGUCGAGAUUGCAGACGAGCUGGAGUCCUUCUUCUACGUUCUCCUAUAUUGCUCAUUGCGAUAUAUCCACAAUACCUGCAGUGACCUGGCUUCAUACAUGCCAUUGCUCUUCGAUUUUGCGGUAUUCUCUAACGGCGACUACUGGUGCCCGAGCCACAAGGAUCUUAUCGUAACCACUGGCAAACUGACAUUCCUGGCCACAGAGGUCCACUUUCUCUCCGCAGGACUUGAAAGGGGUGCAGAAGUCGGGCUUCGAAACAGCCAUCCGUUGAAUGAUGUUCUUUCCAUACUGUUGCACUGGUUCAAGGCACGCUACACUGUCUCGCGAGCCGAGAGCAAAUUAGCCCCGCCAGAGUAUCUGAUACAUGCUGCCGAAGACAGGUCGGGUUCUUUGCAGACCUCUGCACGUGAUGGCGAUGAGGAGAAGACAAGGACAAGUGCUACACAAAUGGCCGAGAACCAAGCAGUCCGGGAGAACAUCGGUGCCAAAGUGAUGGCUAUGGAACGGGAACAGGCGCGCAAGCUUGCGACGCACAACGCCAUGUUGAACCUGAUUGCGAAUGCUAUCGUCAAACGGAAGUGGCCUCAAAAGGACAGAGCGGGUGAUCAACUACCAGGUCACAGCCACGAAAAGAGGAUUCUGCCCAAGAAGACAACGAGCCGUGCACCUGCGCAUGAUCCGGACGCCAUUGCUAUGCGCCCUCGUCAGCAGAAGCGCACUGCCCAUGCGAGCGUCCACGAGGACAGCUCUGACGACACCGACGAACGUCCAGCCAAACGACAAAGGAAAACCCAUGCUCCACGGUUCACUCACGCAUCGAGCUCUCGCGGCACGAAGCGCGGAGCUUCAGACAAUGACAGCUCUGACGGUCCUUUGGAACCGCCAGGGAAACGUGUCCGGACAUCGCGCACCGCUGCUCCGGUGAGCCAGUCGUGCAGCGCACCAGCCGCGUCGGGAUCUCGCACCAGCCACUCUCGUCCCGCAUCGAAGCCUUCAUCGCGGACCCGCAAGGCAGAUAUAUCCACGCCGCCUCCCCCUGUACCGGCUCGCAGUCGUGGCAGCGCGAAUGCACCAGUUGCGUCUGGCUCUCGUUCGAAUCGCUCACGGGCCGCCGAAGACCAAUCGUCUACCGAGAAGGCUACAGAUGGGGUCAUAAGUGGCGCGAGAAGGUCCAUGCGAUUGUCUGCGAAGGAUAAGGGUAAGGCGCGGGCAUACUAA